AAUUUGUGUGUGUGUAUGUGUGUGUGUGUGUGUGUGUGUGCGCGCGUGUUUGUGCAUGUGUGUCAGAAGAGAAGGAAGCGAGGAAGACGGUAAGUGAGCAAGAGGCAAAGCCAGAGAGAAAGAACAGCCACUAAGGGAAGGAGGGACUAAAGAGUUGUUUUUUUUGCCUGUGAAACACGCUGCCAGUCUUCAUUCUGCAUCUUCUCCUCUAAGAGCUUCACGAUGAACUUCUCAGAGAAGAUUUCAUUUCUCUUCAGCUGUAACGUCAGCCCGAGUGAGACGCCACAGCUCGAUAUCAGUGUCACCAAAAGUGAGCCGCUGAGAAUUGCCAUCCCCAUGACCAUAUUCUACAGCAUCGUCUUCUUUUUUGGAAUCUUAUUCAGUGGUGUAAGUAUACUGACCCUUCUCAUCGAUGCCCACAUGAGAGUCAGUGCCAUUCGUUUCUACCUUCUCAGCCUGGUUAUAUCAGGUAGGCAUUGCUGCCAUUUUCCUUAAGGAACUCUGACAGCAUUAAACUAAAAUCAUUAACUUAAAGUGAAAUUAAUUUUCUCUGCAUUUACCAUCCAAAGUUCUAAGGUAAUGAAAACAUGUUUGUGCUUGAAACAAACAAAAAGUGUCAUUCCACUGAGUAAUUUUCAGUCUAUUGUGAAAAGUAUAACUGCAUAUUCUGGUUUACUGGAGGUUCCAUCUCAAGACAAUGGAACAAACUACUCCUUGUUGCUAUUGUAGGUUUUAUUAUUUAUAGUAUUAUUUAAAUAGGUUUUAAUUUCAGUCUUACCUUAAAUUAAUUAAGGAUUUUAGCUUUCUUUUGUGUAAGGAACACUGGACGGGUGGAUGGACGGACGGAUCGAUAAUAAUGUUUUGCUGUAAUAAGUAAAAAUAGGUAACAUUUAUGCUGUAAAAAAAAAAUGUGCGUCUCUUAUUAACAUCCAAUUAAAAUGCACAUUUGCACAUUUGCAAUGAAUGAGUCGUAAAAGUAAAAAGGUAUUGUUUUAAUUUCAAGUAAUUGAGUGUUUGUGUCUUAUAUUUUCUAAAUAUAAAAUUUGACUGAAUUAGUCAGUAUCAUCCAACUAGACUGCAAUGUAUUACAUGGGCACCUAUGAUCAUCCAAAUUUGCUAAGAAGCUUACAUUUUUUUUAAAUUUUAGACAUUCUGCAGCUUUUGACCAUCCCAGUAACCUUGUAUCGGUAUUACUGGGAGAGCUACCCAUGGCGUCUGGGCCAAGCGGUGUGCAAGGUCUACUUCAUGAUACGCCAGUUGUAUUGUGCCACCACAAGCUGGGUUAUCGUCACCUUCACCACUGAGCGCUAUGCAGCCAUUUGCCACACGAUGUGGUCGGUCACCAGCCUGCAGAAGUCUCGAGUGCCAUGUCUUCUGUCUGUGUGGGUGAUAUCUCUGGUCUCUGCUGUGCCCUUUGCUCUGGUCUAUGACCAGGCGAGUGCUUGCAUCCUGGACUAUACAGCCACCACUCAAGAAGAUGCCUUCCACGUCUCUACCAUGUGUGAGAUGACAGAGCCUGAUCCUGCGUAUAUCUACAAAGGGGCCUUACUCCUGAGAGCUGGGUUCUUCUUUCUGGUCCCACUGGUGUACAUCUUUACUCUUUAUAUGCUCAUCCUGUGCUACCUGAGGAAGAAUAGCCAUCAAAGGAGAAACAUGGGUCUAAUGCCACAGGAUCCAGAAGGAAGACGAUCAGUCAAGUGCCAUCAGAAUGGGAAGCUACUUGUAAAUGAAAAGAGAGCUCUAAAACUAAUGGGUGCAGUUGUCGUGGCUUUUUUUGUUUGCAACUUUCCAGAUAUUGCUUCAUCGCUUAUGCAAGUGUAUGUGGUUGUGUGGACUGACACGGUCCUUUCUGUGUACACAAUCCUGAAAUCAUAUUUGUCACUCCCACUGUGGUAUAUCAAUGGUGCACUGGACCCCCUGUUGUUCUGUAUUUCCUCCCACACAUUUCGCAGGGCAUGCUGGAGAACUCUGGGCAGGCUCAGACCUCGCUGCUCCUUGAAGGAUGGGAUCAUGUCUUGGCUGAGGCAGAGAAAUUCUACGGAAUAAGCAAGCAUGACAGUCAGAGAGAGGAUUAAUGGCAAAUUCUAUAAAGAAAAAUGUAAAAAGCAAAAAAAAUUUUAAGUAUCUAAAAUCAGAUCAGAGGGAUAAGAAUAGGCAGGAAAACCUCUUUUCAACAUGAGCUGCAUUGAAAAGCACUCUGAAUUAUGUGUCAUGCUCUUUCAUGCUAUUGUAACUUUCCUUUCAUUUUUUUCCCUCUUGUUAAGGGUUUUCUGAGUAUUUUUGUAAAUAGGGUAAAAUCUGUACAGCGAGCAUGUGGAAUUCACCCUUUUCAGGAGCUACAGAAGAAAUGUAUUUUAUAGCAAGAGAGGUAAAACUUACAGUAUUGUGUGUAAUCUUAUAUUUAUUUAUAUUUCUUAUAUUUGCAAGAUUACCAAACAAUGCAUUAUAAAGAAGUUCCAAAUAUAUGUUGAACAAGAAUAAUAUUUAAAGUUUAUUGCUCAUAUGUGACAACUGUGUCAUAUAUCCAUUCUUCAAUCUGGAGAGCAAGAUUAAUCCUCAGAUACACUUGUGUGCAUAUCUGAUUGUGCACUUGUCUGUAACAGUGUUUGUCAAAGUUUGUUGCUUUCUGACACUAUUAAUCAUUAUUGUUUUAUUCUCAGAAAACUGUUUAAAACUGAACUGACUACUCUGAUAUUUUUAACAUAAGUCAUUUUGUCUGUGAAUUUAAUGAAAU